UUUAAACUUUUGUUAUAUUUCGAUGAUAUCUGUGGCGUAGAUCAUUAGAGAGGUUUAGCGGUCGUUUCACAUUCUCCCCAAAGGUGUUAAUAGCGUGAGAGAUAGAUAGAGAGAGAGAGAGAGGAGAUGUGACCAAACAAAUCGAAUUGAGCAGAUAACAAAUUCACGCUUCUUGGGUUCUCCUUUUCGUUUCUGAAAUUUCGAAAUCUGAAGCUUGAGAAAUCUCGCAAAAAGGGAGAAAAAUAUUAUGAGUUGGUGAGUUUCAGAAGCAUAGAUGACGAUUCGAUCGUUGCGUAAACAACCUCCUGUGAAACUUGUGUUUCCAACUCUGAUUAUACUUUUCUUGACAUGUUUGUUUUGUAUCCUCACGAAUUUGCAAACCAUAUCGUAUCUUUUUCGUCCACUUUGGGAUAAGCCGCCGCCACCUUUCAAACGGAUACCGCAUUACUAUGCUGAGAAUGUUUCCAUGGGGCAUCUUUGUGAACUUCAUGGGUGGACACCUAGGUCAGAACCAAGGCAAGUCUUUGAUGCCAUUAUUUUCAGCAAUGAGCUGGACCUUCUCGAACUCAGAUGGCGGGAGUUGGAGCCUUAUGUUUCGAAGUUUGUGAUUUUGGAAUCGAACACUACUUUUACAGGGAUCCCGAAGCCGCUUUUCUUUGAUUCCAAUAGGGAGAGAUUCACGUUUGCAGAGGGUAAGAUAGUACAUGGAGUGUUUCCUGGAAAAAAGCGUUCCAAGGGGCAGCCAUACGAGGACCCGUUUGUGCUGGAGGGGCAACAGCGGGUAGCAAUGAACUGGUUGCUUAGAGAUGCUGGAAUCUCGGAUGGAGAUGCGGUGAUAAUGUCAGAUGCUGACGAGAUUCCAAGUCCUCAUACUGUGAAAUUUCUACAGUGGUGCGAUGGGAUACCAGAUGUAAUGCAUCUAGAGAUGAGGGAAUACAUGUACUCCUUCGAGUUCCCAGUUGAUUUCAGCAGCUGGAGAGCAUCUGUCCAUAUAUAUAGUAGGAAGUGGACUCAAUACAGGCACUCACGACAAACAGACUUGAUAUUAUCCGAUGCAGGGUGGCAUUGCAGCUUCUGUUUCAGACGACUCAGCGAUUUCGUUUUCAAGAUGAAAGGCUAUAGUCAUGCAGACCGAGUCAAGCGCAAGGAGUUUUUGGAUUACUCGAGAAUACAAAGACACAUAUGUAAAGGUUAUGAUCUCUUCGACAUGCUUCCUGAAAAAUACAGUUUCAAAGAGUUGAUAAGCAAUAUCGGACCAAUCCAGCGUUCUGCAUCUGCGGUACAUCUACCUGCCUUUUUGAUUCAGAACGCUGCUCGCUUUCGGUUUCUCCUCCCAGGAGGCUGUCUCCGAGAACCCUAGCUGAAGGUUAAGUACAAAACAAAAUAGAGAAGCAGUAGUUUCUUGUAAAAAAGGUUUUUGGCGUCACACAAACUUCAAAUCCGAAACAACGGAUAAAUAAGAAAUAGAUCCUUAUCCCAUGUUCUGUAUAUGGUGUUUUACAUAA